AGCAAUAAAAACACAACUUCCGGUGGAAUUGAGUGUGCACCAUUUCUACUUUUGUGUUAUUUUCUCACAUUUGUUCGCCACAAUUUACAGGAAGCGACCUGUUGGUUGAACCUUAUUUACCUUUUCUGGUGCUAAGGUUGUUUGGCCUCUUGGAGAUUGUCAUGGAGUAGUGGAUAUGGUAUUCGCCUAGAAAACCGGAGGUCUGGGAAUUGAUCCCCACUGUGUGAGUGCUCUUUAGAUCUCCAGAAAGACACAAAGGUCUGAGGGAUUGCUACCGUUGCUGCAAUAUCAAAAGAUAUUGAAACUUACAUGUAUACUGAAGGAUGACAACCCAAUGACAUGCUCACGCUGACUGCGCUGCCAUCUUGGCCUUGACCUGGGGCAAGGGGCCACACUGACUUAGCACUGGGAGGGGUUCUUGCAUUAGCGAUAGUUUCCACGCGAUUCAGUGGGAAUGGACAGAAAGGGCAAGCAUGUUAGCAUCCGGGUGAUUUUUCUGGAUGAUGCUGUCCAUGCCUUUCAGAUCCAUGUGAAGGCCUAUGGACAGGCCCUUUGGGAGGCGGUGGUGAAAUAUCUCAAUCUUCUCGAGGCCGACUACUUUGAUCUGGAGUUCACAGCAAACAAUAUCCAGAACUGGUUGGACAGAGAGAAGCACGUUCUGAAGCAGCUGCCAUCCGCCGAUACGCCUCUCAGAUUCCUGGUGAAGUUUUACACCCCGGACCCUGGUCUACUGGAGGAUGAGCUCACAAGAUAUCUGUACGCGUUACAAAUCAAGAAGGACCUGUCCACAGGGGCACUGACCUGUAGUGAUAACACCAUGGCACUUCUUGCAUCCUACAUUGCUCAAGCUGAUGUUGGGGAUUAUCCCUUUGAUGAAUACGUAGACCACACAUAUCUGCGUGCAAAUAAUCUUGUCUACUUGCCAAAACAGUCCGACGAGUUGGAGCGCAAAAUUAUGGAGUAUCACAAACAACAUGUGGGAGAGAACCCAGCAGAGGCGGAUCUAAACCUACUUGACACUGCUCGUAAAGUGGAGCUGUAUGGAAUAAGAAUGGUGGCAGCAAAGGAUCACGAAAAUGUGUCGUUAAACUUGGCAGUCUCCCAUUGUGGAAUUCUGGUAUUUCAAGGGCAGACAAAAAUUAACACAUUCUCCUGGGCGAAGAUACGGAAGUUGAGCUUUAAGCGAAAGCGUCUGCUAGUGAAAUUGCAUCCGGAUCACAAUGGCUACUACAAAGGCAUAGUGGAGUUUUUCUUCGAUUCGAGGGACGAAUGCAAGACAUUCUGGAAGAAAAGCAUUGAGCACCAUGGCUUCUUUCGUUGUCAGCUCGUGAAAAAGAUUGCCAGGAACAAGACCAGGGUCGUGAGCAGGGGUUCCUCAUACAGGUAUAGUGGUCGCACACAGAGGCAGCUAGCUGCAUAUGUCAAAGAAAAUUUUGACGGAAAAAGACCGCAGUUUCAAAGAACAGUAAGUGGGCGCAUUCAUAGUAGAAGCUCCAGUGUGACACCAAAAAUUCCGGCCAAAAGUUCAUCCCACAAUUCUGCUGAUCUUCACAACAUCUCUGCGUCCAGUGGCUCCCACAUCUUUGACCAGUCCCAGUCCUCCUCUCUUGGUCAUCUCUAUGGCAACCUGGGACCAGGGGGCGACCAGACGGACCAGCAUAGUCUGAGCUCUGGCAGCCAUUCCCUGCACUCGGCCAAGAUUGAGCACCAUGGUGACCAUGGUAACACAAAGGAAAGGGAACAAACUCUUGAGGAGGAUGCAGUCAGAGCCGCAGAGACUGCAGAGGAGAAAGAUCCCGAAUCCGAAUCACCCAAGGGCCGCACAUAUAAGUUCAACAAACGUGACAUGUCGGCCCCGUUGCUCGGCGCUCACCCAGCAGAUCGCGAGAAGAAGUCACCUGAGCGCCAACUUUCAAGGACAGCCGAACUCGAGAACAUUCCAGACACAGUGUUGGAGGAGGAGGAUCAGCAUGUGUCAUUCUCGGUGAACUCCCCUGGCCUGAUGAAUGGCCACAACCACUCGCAGACCACUACUACCAUGACAACAGAUGUGGAUGCCGAAGAGGUUGAGGAAGUCUCUCAGAAUAAACCGCAUCAUUCCCCGCCCCCUCCCCCAGUGGUAAAAGUUGGUUCUCCGCCCGGCCGACGCCAGAUCACAGUGACCCCUGUGGUCCCACAGAAGGCGGAGCUAGUGGAGGACAGGGAGGCAACCAUAGUGAUGUCAGGGGACUAUUACCCCCCACCCCCUCCACCCCUCCCCCUCUCGCACGACUCCUCCCUCGUGUCACAUGACCUGUCGUUCUCGUCACCUGGCCCUGCCUCCUACCAGUCUACACCAAGGAAAGAUAUGAGGUCCAACAUGAGCGGAAUCACCAGCAACAUCAGCACACUGUCAGAGACCCGAUCUGAGGGGGGCUCAGAAGGGGGAGACAAACACAGGAGUAAGAAGUACCCAGUGGACAAGGCGUACUACAUCGCCAAGGAGCUCCUGAUGACAGAGCGCACAUACAAGAAAGACUUGGAAGUCAUCACAGUGUGGUUUAAGAAUGCGGUGAAGGGCGACGACUCUUUACCCCCCUGUGUGACGGAAAUGUUUAAGAACCUGGAUCCAAUCUACAAUUUCCAUGUGGGCUUUCUGAAGGAAGUGGAGCAGAGACUGUCCAUGUGGGAGGGGAAAUCCAAUGCCCAUUUGAACGGUGACUACCAGCGUAUCGGGGACAUCAUGGUGAACUCCUUCCUUACAUCACUAGGGCCUUACAUGAACUUCCUGGAGAAGCAGGACGACAUCCUCAUGGAGCUUGACAAAGCGCAGCGGAGCAACAGGGAGUUUGAGUUCAUCUACAAGGACUUUGAGAGCCAGAAGGUGUGCUACCUUCCUCUCAACACUUUCCUUCUCAAGCCUGGACAGAGGCUCCUGCACUACAAGGUCCUCCUGGAAAGGUUGACCAGACACUAUCCCAAAUCUCAUCCCGACUAUAUGGAUUGCCAUGCAACAUUAACAAAGCUGAUAGAAAUGGUACAGAUGUUCAGAUCUCAGCGAAAAUGCAUGGAAAACUUACAAAAGCUGAUGGAGCUUCAGAGAGAUUUGGUUGGACUUGAAAAUCUUGUACAUCCUGAUAGGGAGUUCAUUAGAGAAGGAUGCCUGCAGAAGUUUUCACGGAAAGGCUAUCAGCAAAGAAUGUUCUUUCUGUUCAGUGACAUGCUGGUGUACACAAGUCGGACAGCCACGCAGCACAUGCAGUUCAAAGUUCAUGGGCAGGUCCCACUCAGGGGAAUGAUUGUAGAAGAGUCAGACCAUGCCAAGAUGGCCGAUGCUAACAGCUUUGCAAUAUACGGGGGCAACAAAUGCGUUCUCGUGGCAGCUAGCUCCCAGGAGGAGAAGGACAAGUGGAUUGAGGACUUGAACGAGGCUGUGCAGCAAGCCAAGACACGCCAGGACGACAAGAUGGCCUCCCCCACACUCAAAACCAGCACCAGCUCCAUGGAAUCACACGAAGGUGAGAACCACUCUCCCCCAUCACCAGAGAAGCAGAUCCAACACCGAGCCAACACCACCAUGCACGUUUGCUGGCACAGAAACACCUCCGUCAGCAAGGGUGAUCAUGAGAAAGCUAUUAAGAACCAGCUGAGUGGCUACCUGCUGCGCAAGUUCAAUAACAGCAAUGGCUGGCAGAAGCUGUGGGUUGUCUUCACAAACUUCUGUCUGUACUUCUAUAAAACAUACCAGGAUGACUUUCCAUUGGCCAGCCUACCGUUGCUAGGAUACGCUGUCAGCCAAUCAGAAGACGAGGACGGCAUUCAAAAAGACAAUGUGUUUAAGCUUCAAUUCAAAAACCAUGUUUACUUCUUUCGGGCUGAGAGCCAAUAUACUUUCGAAAGAUGGAUGGAGGUGAUCAACAGUGCCACAAGUUCUGCCAGGCGCAUUCGAUUGUUCAGCAGAAUGGACUCCACCCAACCGUGACCCACUUUUAUUAAAAACGGAAAUUCCCGAAGUGCUAUUUUUAGAAGCUGAAUUAUUUUACAGUUAUUUUUAUAGCACAAAUGUGACAUGAGUGAAAUGUGCACACAGUGGUUUUAAAAGAAAGGAGAACAUUUUAGUCAGUUUUUGUGAUGAAAAUAUUUGUGUUUAAGAAUAAUCUUAAAAACAUAUUUAUAUAUUGGUAGCAUGUCAUGUAUUUGACAUAUUUUCAUAAAUAUGUAGAAUAUUUAUAAUGUACAAUUUUACACAUUACUAUUUUCAUAUAAUUGUUAUAAGAAACCACGAAUUUGUAUUCAAUUCAAGUAUGUUGUAAACAAAGUGUGUUUUGUAUUAAGCAUUUGAUGUGACAUUUUACAAUCCAUUCUGUAAUUUCUUAAAUUUAAUUUUUAAUUUUGAAAUUUAUGCACGUAAAUGUAUGUAGGUUGCACAAAGGCUUGGCUUGUAGAUAUUUCGGUCUGUAUUGUUAGACAUAGGAAUUGGUAUGCACAGAUUUGUUGGGGAAAAAAAUAUAGAUACUAAACAACCAAAUCAAAAUACCAAACUUUACUAUAAACAAGGGUGCAGGUUUUUACUUCAAACAUUCAAAUUUAAAAGAUUGUGCACUUUAUACAUCGCUCAUUUGCAAAAUUUAUAUAUUGUGCAAUCAUUUACAGUAACAAUAGAAUACUAAAGCUUAUUUUGUAGGCUAUACAAUCUUUAUAGAUAGUAUUGUUGCUUUGUUUUUUAAAUUAUAGAUUUCAGAAUUGGACUGUUUUAUUAACAUUAAUAAAAUUAAUCAAUUUACUGGAGCGCUUCAUAUAGCUGAAAAUGAAUGCUUUGUUUAUAUUUUCUUUGAACAAAUGAUAAAGUCAUUUUAAUGACUGAAAUACUUUUAAAAACAGCAGAAAAUUCAAACAACAAACGACACUUAGACAUUAAACAAUAAAACAUUAUUGUAUGUAUUUUAAUUUUAUUGAUGGUAUAUUUCUAGCAUUAUAAUAUAAAUAUGAAAACAUUAAAUUAUUUCCCAUAAUUUCCCUUGUUAUAUUUUAGAGUGAGGUCCAGCUUACAAGGUGUACUUGACAUUUUAAAUUCAAUAGAUUUUAAAUCGACGUGUACUUUGUAGUUACAUAUGAAAUUAAUUUUAUUGUUGUGAAGUGUUUGAUGCAUUUUUCUCUGAGCUUCUGUUUGCAAGGAGACUCAUUCAUAUAUUUCAUAAAAAGAGGCUUUUACUUAUUUUUAAAUGAUAUGAGCCAACCUUUGGGAAAACGGUGCUUAAUGCAUGUGUAGUGUCGUCCCAAAUUUGUCUGUGCAGGCCGCAGAGGCUAGUCAGGGAGGACACUUUUUGCCUCAACUGAAUGUUUGUUUAGAAGGGACCUCCUUUAACCCUUUCCCACUCAGAAGCAAAGUGAAAAUGGCUAUGUGCAAACAGCAUAAAACCAGAACAGCCUGUGAUUAGCUCGCAGUCUGUUCAGGUUUUAUGCUGUUUGCUGCUCUACAGUAUCUAAGGGUUGGAACUGAAACCUUUAAAACUUGGAUCUAGUAAGAAAGGCCUUUUAUAAAAUUAAACUUUCUGAGGGACUGCAUAUGCGUACAAAUAUGUAUCUAAGUGGUUAAGGGUUAAACGAAAAAUUCCAUAAAAGCGGAAAAUGUCGUCCCUGAUAAUCAGGGAUGAAACUUUACACACAUGCAUUAAGCCCUGUUUUCUCAGAACGUGGCUCAAAUGGAAUAUUGCACAUGUGUGAUCAUGCCUGAAAUUCUUCAUGUUGAUCUCGGAAAUAUUGUGUUUCUAUAAAAAUUAUGUGCAAAACUGUUGCAGAGUUGGUGAAACCAAGAAGAAUGAUUGUUGCAUUGAUUGAAAGUCUGUUAAUAACAUUGAUAAAAAUGUUUAUGAAGAUUGUGAAUUUUAAGUUAACUAUGAGCAAUACAUAAAUGUUUAAAUUUUGGUUUGAUAUGAUUUUUAUACUUGGUUAUUUUAUAUGAUUUCAUUUAGUGCAAUAAUAUUGUAAUACCUAGUUACCUGAAUAUUUAGAUAAAUUAUAAAAGGUGAAUAUUUAUGCCCCGCUUUGGAGAAGAGGGGGUAUAUUGUUUUGCGUAUGUUGGUCGAUCUGUCUGUCCGUCCACCAGAUGGUUUCUGGAUGAUAACUCAAGAACUCUUAGGCAUAGGAUCAUGAAACUUCAUAGGUACAUUGAUCAUGACUGGCAAAUGACCCCUACUGAUUUUACCGGUCACUAGGUCACAGUGACUCAAAAUAAUAAAAUGGUUUCCGGAUGAUAACUCAAGAAUGCUUAUGCCUAGGAUCAUGAAACUUCAUAGGCUUAUUAAUCAUGACUGGCAGAUGACCCCUAUUGAUUUUCAGGUCACUAGGACAAAGGUCAAGGUCACAGUGACUCGAAACAGUAAAAUGGUUUCCGGAUGAUAACUCAAGAAUGCUUACACCUAGGAUCAUGAAACUUCAUAGGAACAUUGAUCAUGACCGGUAGAUGACCCCUAUUGAUUUUCAGGUCUCUAGGUCAAAGGUCAAGGUCACAGUGACUCGAAACAGUAAAAUGGUUCCGGAUGAUAACUCAAGAAUGCUUACACCUAGGAUCAUGAAACUUCAUAGGAACAUUGAUCAUGACUGGUAGAUGACCCCUAUUGAUUUUCAGGUCACUAGGCCAAAGGUCAAGGUCACAGUUACUCGAAACAGCAAAAUAGUUUCCGGAUGAUAACUCAAGAAUGCUUACGCCUUGAAUCAUGAAACUUGAUGGGUACAUUGAUGAUGACUGGCAGAUGACCCCUAUUGAUUUUCAGGUCACUAGGUCAAAGGUCACAGUGACUCGAAACAGUAAAAUGGUUUCCAGAUGAUAACUCAAGAAUAAUUAGGCCUAGGAUCAAGAAACUGCAUAGGAACAUUGAUCCUGACUGGUAGAUGACCCCUAUUGAUUUUCAGGUCACAAGGUUGAAGGUCAAGGUUAUAGUGUCAAAAAACGUAUUCACACAAUGGAUUUCACUACAGCUGACAGCCCAUAUGGGGGGCAUGCUUGUUUUACAAACAGCCGUUGUUUAUUUUAGAUAACUGUGCACCAUGGCUUCAAUAUUUAAAUUGUAUAGCAAAAAUAAGGCCCAUAAGAAAAAAAUGUGUCAUUUAUUUCCAUAAAGCAAGCAUAUUUAAGUAUAUAUUUUAUUUCAAACAAAAACAAACAGGUUAAACGUUGAGGAAACAAAGACAUGAAAGUGAACGAGAAAUGUAAAAUAAAUGUCUUGCAGAACUAAAAAUUUUGUCUUUUUGUUGUAUAAAAAAUCAUAAUUAUACACUUGCUGUAAAGGUCGGUAUUUCCCACAUCAGUGUAUAUUUUAAAUAAUUUAAAGCUUAUCUGUGAAUAUUUUUCUUAACUGUAUGAUCCUUUGUUUUAAGUUGAUAAAAAACUUGACACAAUUUUAAAAAGUGAUAAAUGUUAUUGUAAUGCUUUUUUGUUAUGUGCUUUUAUGUAACCUUGCCUUAACUUAGAAUGAGCAAUAGAAAGGUUUGAACGUGUAAACAGUGUUUCCUUCUCAAAUCUGCACACAUUACAGUUAUAUACUCAUGAGAUUAGACAUCAAUCGCAUUGAUCAGAAACAAAUAAUUAAAGGUAAACUUAAAAUCUUCAUAUAUAUUUGUGUGUGUUUGUUUUUUGAAUGGUGUACAUACAUAUUAUUCAGCGCUUAUACAAACGUUAUUGGUUGUAGUGUUUAUACCAUUUCGCUAACUUUGGAAAUGAAAUUUAUUUGAAAAUGCAUUUAUUAAUCGAAACCCAAGUAUGACUAUAUUUGUUUACUAUAAUAUGUGCCUUGUAUCACAUUAUCAUAGUUAUGCAAAACACUCUACAGUAGUUAUUGUAUAGAAGCUUAUGUAAUGUGUUGAGAGAUAUCUAAAUACAUGUGUAUCUGGCAAUUUAGCUGCGAUCUUGGAAAACAGGGCUUAAUGCAUGCACGUUAAGUGUCCCGGAAAAUCAGGGAAGACACUCACCUCAUAGACUAGAUUGUUUAGUUUCCUUAAAACAUGAGUCAAGCCUGAUUAGCCUGUGCCAACUGCAAAGCUGGGAAAACAAUUUACGCACGAGCAUUAAGCCCCAUUUUCCCAGAGCGAGCCUCAAAUGUAUGCGUUUAUUCCAUUCCAGUUUUUGUAUGCCGAGAUGUAUUUCUGUAAAUAGCCUUCUUUGAGUGAUUCCGUUAUGUGUACUCCGGAGAAAUAUUGUUGUUGUUGUUGUAGUUGAAGUGCAUGUGUAUAUCUAUUGUAUUCAGAAUUUAAAAACAUUCAAACAAAUUGUUUUGAUAUAAUUUUAAUACUGGUUCAUUUUCCUUAUUUAAAACACCAUUGCAAAUAUUGUGCAUGGAUAAUUAAGGACUCCAUAAAAUCAAAAUAAAUCUCACAGAUGUUUGUAUUAUUUCAAUUCAUCAACUUUUUGUUUAAAUUUUGUAAUCUCGUUCAUGGAUGGUAUGUGAUAUUUCUUUAUUCCAAUGUCAUCUUGAUUAUUCUACCUUUCUGUUUGUCCAUUAUCCUUGAACUAACCCAAAUGGAUAACGAAUGGAUUCUGCAGUCAUAUGCGUUAACACAUGGUGAUACAACUAAAAUAUCUUGCUCAAAAGACACUGAAGUACUGUGUUUUCAAAAGAAAAAGACUCUUGGAGUCCCAGUUGUGUUAUUGAUUGUCCCAAACUUAUUUUCUCAAUUGUUUGUAUUUAAUCUCCUGAUUUAUUCAUAUGAUUCUGUCCUUUUUGUCCACUAUUGUAUGAAUGUUAAUUAAACUUUUAAGAGCAGUGAACAGAGUCUUAGCAUGUUUAAUUUUUGUGGCCAGCACAGGGCAAAAUUUUGUGUUUUAUCUUCAAAUGUUUUACUUCAAGUUUCUAAAUAGUUAUUAUGUUGUUGUGUUUUUGUAAACUGCAUUUACCAGUACUCCUCAUAAACUUGUGAAUCAAGUUAUGACACAAUUAACGGUUUAUCUAAUCAUUCCCAAUGCAAAUAAAUUAAUUUAUGCUUAGCACAGCACAUUGUUUUCAUUGAAAUAAAAUGUUACAUAUAACUUGAAUUGUUUGUGGUAAUGAAGCUGAUGAUUUUUUGUACUUGUAAAAUUGUGUCUAUGCAUAUACUUUUUGUGUAAUUUUCUGAAAAAUAGUUUUCAAAAAAACCUUAAGUGGGUUGUGAGUGUAAAUAAUAUAGACUUCAUUUGUUAAUAAUAGGUAUUAAAAUUGACCAUGUGUGAAAAUGGUUUACAGUAUUGUCUUGUCACAUUGCUGUGAGAUGUUUUGAAUUGAACUGUGCGCUUUUUAAACAGACCACAUUUUGAGCUUUUUAAUCAGGCUUUAAAGAAUGUUUUAUGAUGACCUUUUUUGUCCUGCUCUCAUGUGUUUAUACUAUAAAUGUUUGACUUUGAUUUUGUUGGAGGAUUUUUGUGUUGUAGUGUUGUGCUUAAGGUGCUUUUGUUUUGUUUUUCAUGCUUCUGUUAGCUUCGUAUGUACAUCAUGGUGAAAUAAAGACUAGACUGUUUUGUGUAAAUCAUGGUGAAAUAAAGAAUAAAUCAUUUUGCUUACAUCAAUCAUGGUGAAAUAAAGAAUAAACUGUUCCAUGUAAAUCAUGGUGAAAUAAAGAAUGAACCGUUACGUGUAGGUACCGUACUAAAAUUAUACCCCAUUACUGUUUCCCUGUAUUUGACGAGUUAUUGUUGCAAACACAUCUUUUUAGACUUCUUUUUGUAAUGUCAGCUAUGUUUUGACCAUGGUAAUUUUUCUCUGUAUAUGAGAAUAACUUAUCAUAUUUUGUAAACAGACUUAAAAAAACAACACUAUAUUAUAGCACAAUAUAAAUUAUGGUUUACAUACUUUAUUUUGCUUUUUUUUCAGAAAAUUAAAGAAUUUGUGUGAUUAAGGCAUGUAUUGAAUUUUUGGAAUACCAAAAAAAAAGAAGAAAUAUUCAGUGUACCAUAUCUUUGUAUUUAUAAUAGUGUAUUUAUAUAAUAAAAGAACAAUGUAUAGGUGUAAAUUUAUAUACAAUUUUACCGGUUAACAAAACCUUGCAUACAAGUGUGUAUAUGAUAUCAAUAUUAAUAAUAAAUGUAUUCAGUAAAAUGAUGACUAUCUGUAAUAAAUAAAAUGGAUGAUGUA